GUAGGUAUAUUAGUGAUAUUGUCUGUGCGGGCCCGGUCGGAUGUCCGUCUAUUCCCCUUAACUGCAAACAAGAGAUAAAUUUUGAUAACUAUUCGUUCGAUUAUGUCGAAACCAUGGCGGACGUUCGUCAAAUGGCGUUUCAUAACUAAAGUCAUAGUCAACAAGUUCAAGAGAUUUUUUUCCAGCACUGUUGUAAGAUACCUGACGCCACAAAAGAAAACAACGGUUUUUAUUGAGCAAGGUAGUUUACAAGGAAUUCACUACAAAACACAAGCGUCAAAUAAGCCUUACGUCAGUUUUCUAGGCAUACCCUACGCUAAACCACCUGUUGGAAACUUGAGAUUCAAGUCUCCUGUCAAACAUCCAGGAUGGUCUGGCACAUUGAAAGCAUUUUCAGUAGGAAAUAUGUCCAUGCAGUAUUCUUUCUUGGAGAACAAAAUUGUUGGAAGUGAAGAUUGUUUAUUUUUAAACAUAUUUGUGCCACUGCAGGAAGAACAAAAUGAAAAGAAGGCUGUAAUGGUGUUCAUACAUGGCGGAGUGUUUUAUAACGGAUCUGGAUCGUUAGAUUUUUACUCUCCUGAUUAUUUGAUUGAUGAAAAUGUAAUCGUAGUCACAAUCAACUAUCGUCUGAAUGCUCUUGGAUUUCUCAACUUUGAUAUUGACGAGUGUCCUGGCAAUAUGGGUUUAAAAGAUCAAUUGUUUGCUAUUAAAUGGGUAAAAGCUAAUAUCACUGAAUUUGGAGGUGAUGAUCAAAACAUUACUAUUUUUGGAGAGAGUGCAGGAUCAGCAUCUGUUCAUUGUCACAUGCUGUCUCCACUAUCUACAGGAUAUUUUCAAAAAGCCAUUAUGCAAAGUGGAUGUAUGUUUAAUGUAUGGGCUUUGAAUGAAAAUCAUAGAGAAUCAGCUUUUAAGUUGGCCAACAAUUUGGGGUGUAAAAAAGACAACCCUAAAGAAGUUGUUAGAUACUUACUUAAUAUACCAGCUAUUGAUAUUGUCAAAUCAAUUACCAUUGACGCUAAGACAAAUCCAGAUUAUGAUUUUGUUCCGUCUGUUGAAAGUGAAGCAGUCACUGACAAAUUUUUACCUGCUCAUCCAGAAAUUUUAGUUAAAACUGCAUCAACAGUACCUGUAAUAGUUGGAAUCAACAACAUGGAAGGAUUGUUAGUUUUUGGAGAUGAAAAUUUUAUGAAAACCAUAAAUGGUACCGAGGAAAUCAACAAAUUGUUUGAAAGAAAAUAUGGCUAUACUGAAGAAGUAGUGAACAAAAUAAAGAACUUUUAUUUCGAUGAACGCAACGUAGAAUGUGGAACCACUAAAUUGGAAAAAAUAUGCCAUCUUUACGGUGAUUUCUAUUUUUCUAAAGAAUUUCAUCGCAGUUAUGAACACUCUCUCCAACAAAAUGUCACGCCCGUGUACAGCUAUGAGUUCAAAUUUGACGGAAAAAUCAAUGUUUUCAAAAAAAUGCUCAAUUUUCUGAGACCUACUUUUGAACCGUUAAAAGGUGCAUGUCACGCUGACGAAUUAAGUUAUUUGUUUCAUGGACGAUUAUUUGGAUUUACACCCAGGGCAAAUUCACCAGAGUUAAGAAUGUGUAGAACAAUGAGUAAAUUGUGGACCAAUUUUGCUAAAACUGGAAAUCCUAAUUCACACGAUUUAAAAUUCGAAUGGAGGAAUACGAGUGCAGAAGAACCAAAAUAUCUGUCAUUAGAUGGAGACGAUACGCGCAUGGUUGUUGGAUUAUUGAACAGUUCCAGGAUGCGUUUUUGGGAUAACAUAUCAAAAAACAUUAGAAUAUUGCAACAAAAAUCAAAUUUUGAUCUUUAUUACUAUAGUCCACGAACGACUGUUAUUAUUGAACAAGGUACUUUACAAGGAAUUCACUACAAGACACAAGCGUCAAAUAAGCCUUAUGUCAGUUUUCUAGGCAUACCCUAUGCUAAACCACCUGUUGGAAACUUGAGAUUUAAGCCUCCUGUCAAACAUCCAGGAUGGUCUGGCAUACUAAAAGCAUUUUCAGUGGGAAAUAUGUGCAUGCAGUAUUCUUUUAUAAAGAAAAAAAUCGCUGGAAAUGAAGAUUGUUUAUAUUUAAACAUAUUUGUACCUCAAGAAGAAUUAAAAGAAAAAAAGGCAGUUAUGGUGUUUAUACACGGUGGUGCGUUCAACAACGGAUCUGCAUCAUCUGAUUUUUACUCUCCUGAAUAUUUGAUUGAUGAAAAUGUAAUCAUAGUCACAAUCAACUAUCGUUUGAAUGCUCUUGGAUUUCUCAACUUUGAUAUUGACGAAUGUCCUGGCAAUAUGGGUUUAAAAGAUCAACUAUUUGCAAUCAAAUGGGUAAAAGCUAAUAUUACUGCAUUUGGAGGUGAUAAUCAAAACAUUACUAUUUUUGGAGAGAGUGCAGGAUCAGCAUCUGUUCAUUGUCACAUGUUGUCACCACAAUCCACAGGACUAUUUCAAAAGGCAAUCAUGCAAAGUGGAUGUUUGUUUAAUUCAUGGGCAUUCACUGAAAAACAUAGAGAAGCAGCUUUCAAAUUGGCCAAACAUUUAGGUUGUGUAAAAGAUGAUCCUAAAGAAAUUGUUCAAUUUUUGCUCAGUGUUCCAGCCAUUGACAUCGUCAAAUUGACUAAAAUUGAGGGCAUAACUGAUUUUCAAGAUUAUGAGUUUAUUCCAUCUGUUGAAAGUGAAGCGAUCAGUGACAAAUUUUUACCUGCUCAUCCUGAAAUUUUAGUCAAAACUGCAUCAACAGUAUCUGUAAUAACUGGAAUCAACAACAUGGAAGGAUUGAUAGCUUUUGGAGAGCAUAAAAUGAGGAAAAUUCUUAAUGACACCGAAGAAAUUAAUGAAUUAUUUCAAAGGAACUAUAGUAAAGAGAUCAUUAACAAAGUGAAGAACUUUUACUUCAACGAAUGUAACAUGGAAUGCGGAACUACUAGAUUGGAAAAUAUAUGUCAUCUCUACAGUGAUUUAUAUUUUUCUAAAGAUUUUCAUCGCGGUUAUGAUUAUAUUCUCAAACGAAACAUCUCACCUGUUUACAGUUAUGAGUUUAAAUUUGAUGGAGAAAUCAAUAUUUGCAAAACCAUUCUGUUUUACCUAAGGCCAACUUUUAAACCGUUAAAAGGUGCAUGUCACGCUGACGAAUUGAGUUAUUUGUUUCAUGGACGAUUGUUUGGAUUUGCACCCAAGGCCAAUUCACCAGAGUUAAGAAUGUGUAGAACAAUGAGUAAAUUGUGGACCAAUUUUGCUAAAACUGGAAAUCCGAAUUCACAAGAUUUAUGUUUUGAAUGGAAAAAUACUAGUGCAGAAGAACCGAAAUAUUUGUCUUUGGAUGGAGACAAUACACGCAUGGUUGAUGGAUUAUUGAACGGACCCAGGGUGUGUUUUUGGGAAAACAUCAGAAACAGCUAAAUUGCAAUAUAAAUGAUGAUUCUUUUUUUUUCAAUUAUUUUUUAUGGAAAUUUGUAAAAGAUUGUCUAUACAUUCACUUAAUGUUAAUUGAUCAUUCAGCAAUAUAUUGAAAUAUGUAUUUUAUGAAAUAGACAAUUAGCCAGCUUUAUCUUAAUCUAACUGUCUAAGCAAAAAUCCAUUAGCAUAGUUGGUAUUAAUUUUAGUCAUUAGAAAAGAUUUACUUUAAAAUAUUAUUUCAUCCAAAACAACGUAUAGUGCAUACAAUUUGUGUUUUUCUCAUACUUAAAAAACUUAUAAUAAAAAGCC